AUGUCUAGCGCCAACAGCAUUAAGGUUGUCGCCCGGUUUCGGCCGCAGAACAAGAUCGAGUUGGCAUCGGGCGGUCAACCGAUUGUUUCCUUCAACUCCGAGGACACCUGUGCUCUUGACUCCAAGGAAGCACAGGGCGCCUUUACCUUCGAUCGCGUGUUUGAUAUGGAAUGUAAACAGUCCGACAUCUUCGACUUCUCCAUCCGAUCCACCGUCGAUGAUAUUCUCAACGGAUACAAUGGCACCGUUUUCGCUUACGGUCAGACAGGCGCUGGCAAGUCCUACACCAUGAUGGGUUCCAGUAUCGACGAUGAGGAGGGCCGAGGAGUCAUUCCUCGCAUUGUCGAGCAGAUCUUCGCCAGCAUCAUGUCCAGCCCCAGUACAAUCGAAUACACUGUGCGAGUCAGCUACAUGGAGAUCUACAUGGAGAAGAUUCGUGAUCUGUUAGCGCCGCAAAAUGACAACCUGCCGGUACACGAGGAAAAGAGUCGUGGAGUUUAUGUCAAGGGUCUGCUCGAGAUUUACGUUUCCAGCGUGCAGGAGGUCUAUGAAGUCAUGAGGCGGGGUGGUAACGCCCGCGCCGUGGCGGCCACCAACAUGAAUCAGGAGUCUUCGCGAUCCCAUUCGAUCUUUGUCAUCACCAUUACCCAGAAGAACGUCGAAACAGGCUCGGCAAAGAGCGGCCAACUCUUCCUUGUCGAUCUUGCCGGCAGCGAAAAGGUCGGCAAGACGGGCGCCAGCGGCCAGACAUUGGAGGAGGCCAAAAAGAUCAACAAAUCUUUGAGCGCCCUCGGCAUGGUCAUCAACUCCUUAACGGAUGGCCGAUCCUCUCACAUUCCGUAUCGCGACUCGAAACUAACACGCAUCCUGCAAGAAUCUCUCGGAGGCAACAGUCGCACGACGCUUAUCAUCAACUGCUCGCCUAGCAGUUACAACGAUGCCGAAACCAUCAGCACCUUGAGAUUCGGAACGAGGGCCAAGGCGAUCAAGAACAAGGCAAAGGUCAACGCCGAGCUCAGCCCCGCCGAGCUCAAAUCUCUGCUCGGAAAAGCCAAGGGACAGAUCACAAACUUUGAGGGCUAUAUUUCCAGCCUGGAAGGCGAGAUUCAGAUGUGGCGGUCUGGAGAGUCGGUCCCCAAAGACAAGUGGGUGGCCCCACUCACCGACGGCCACUCUGCCCUCAAAGCAGAAGCUAGAGCACCUCGACCUUCGACGCCUUCGAGACUCGUGCCGGAAAGUAGGGCAGAAACGCCUGCCAUUUCGGAGCGCGCAGGGACGCCAAGCCUGCCGCUCGACAAGGACGAGCGGGAUGAGUUCCUGCGUCGUGAGAACGAGCUGCAAGAUCAGCUUGCUGAGAAGGAAAGUCAGUAUGCCGCGGCUGAGAAGUCUCUUGGCGAGAUCAAAGAGGAACUUGUCUUCCUUAAGGAACAUGAUAGUAGAACCGGCAAGGAGAACGAGAAACUCACAGCAGAAGUCAACGAGGUCAAGAUGCAAAUGGAGCGCUUGAGCUUUGAAGGGAAGGAGGCACAAAUCACGAUGGACGCUCUGAAGGAACAAAACUCGGAGCUGACGGCCGAGCUGGACGAGGUCAAGCAGCAUCUCCUUGAUGUCAAGAUGAACGCCAAGGAGAGCGGAGCACUUCUCGACGAGAAGGAGAAGAAGAAGGCUGAGAAAAUGGCCAAGAUGAUGGCUGGCUUUGAUCUCGGCGCAGAUAGACCCUGCGUGAACAAAGCUCUGGGGGGCGACGCUGUCGCGCCCGAAGAAUUCCAUACCCUCAAGUCCCGAUUUGAGGAGAUCCAAAGCAUCGUCCGCCAGGCUGAGCUCUCAAUCUAUCGCUCAUCCUCGAGCGAGGCGGAGACUCGCCGCCGUUUGGAGCUCGAAGACCGGCUUGCAGCUGUGCAGGAGGAGUAUGAGUCGCUUUUGACUCGCAAUCUGAGCGAGGCCGAUGUUGAGGAGGUCAAGGCCCGUCUGGAGAACGCUUACUCUAACAAGCAAACUGCAUCUUUGCAGGCUGUGGAUGAGCUCAAGGCCCGACAUUACCCACAAGGCCGCCGAAAAUGGCAGGCUUCAGACUCUGAUCGAGGAUCUGCAGCAGCGGGUUAA